AUGCGAUUUGUAGGAGCACCCGAUACAUUCGACUAUAACGACUUUCUGGUGCGUCCCGGAUUUGAGGAUGCCUUCUAUCCCAAAUUGUUGGACGUCCUGGGGGACUGGGACUGGACUGAGUUGCGCCUCGAGUCCCUGAUUGAGCACUCCCCCACUCUCUCCCACCUGCCGGACCUGGCCCGCGAGCGUGGUUACGGCGUAGAGGUGGAAUACGAGGACGUUACUUCCGGUGUUGCCCUCCCUGCAAACUGGGAUGAAUACCUCGAUUUACUUUCAAAAAAGGACCGGCAUGAACUCCGAAGGAAGCUUCGCCGCUUGGACUCUCAAACCGAAUGGCGCUGGUACUGCCUGACGUCGCCUGACGAAGUGCUGGGGGCCUUCGACGAGUUCCUUUCGUUGAUGCGGAUGAGCCGGGCGGACAAAGAAGAGUACAUGACCCCGGAAAGGGAGCGAUUCUUUCGUGCCCUGGUCGAGCGGAUGGCUGAGCUUGACCAGAUGCGGCUUUUCUUCAUGGAAAUCAACGGGGGGCCAGCGGCAGCCAGUCUUUGUUUCGACUACGGGGAAUCGCGCCUGUUGUACAAUAGCGGAUACGAUCCCGGCCUUUCGUACUACAGCGUCGGGCUGCUGCUCCAUGCCAUGUGCGUGAAAGACGCCAUAGAACGGGGCCUCGGAUAUUUCGAUUUUCUCCGCGGCCCUGAACCCUACAAGGCGCACCUCGGCGGGAUACAGAAGAGCCUCUACAGAAUGGUGGUGAAAAGAACUUGA